CGUAGCCACGACUUUUUCUGCUAAAAAAACAACAACUUCCUCUUCCGCUCGCCGCCGCGGUUCCCCUCCGCGCGCCGCCGGUACGACCGCCGCUGCGGCGCCCCACCUCCCUGUCGCGUCGCGUUCAUCUCUCCUCAUCCGCCUAGGUUACUCCUCGGUCGAGCGGCCCCGCCCCCACGUCGCUCCCUCAACUGCUUCCCUCUCCCAUCUGCUGGUUUCCCGGCAUGCCUUAGCGCCACUCACUGGCCGCCGCCGUCACUGCGGCGUCACGGGUGCAGAUUUGGUUGCAAUCUACCUAUGCUUUCUGAUAUUUGAUCUGGAUUUCCAACAGAAUAGAACUGCCUGAGAAGUGCCAGCAGAAAAAUAAAAAGUGAAGUAUCAUCACGUGGUCGUAAGAGAGCCAUGAAAGAUACAUUGACAGAACAGCCUGAGAAGAAGCUUACUCACAGAAUUCGUCAAAAAAGAGCAAAAGUUUCAGAAGUCAAAACUUUACUGGAAAAACCUGAUCAUGAGAUAGAUCGCAUGAAGCUAAGUGUGAUGCAUAUCAGGUUGUUACAUGAGGCCAGAGAGCGUAUUAAGAGUAAAACAAUUCCAUCAGGACCAUCAUCGUUUAAUCAAAGCAGCUCCCAGUUUGGAGAUACCAACAGUUUUGAUCCUUUUGAAGAGAACUAUGACAAUGGCAGAAGAGAGAACCACAUGGUAGAAAAUGCAACCAAACUGAAUUACCAUUCCUACAUGAACAAACAAACACGGGCCAAAUGGUCGAAAUCUGACACUGACUUAUUUUACCAGGGUCUUCACCAAUUUGGUAGUGAUUUUGCAAUGAUACAGCAGUUAUUCCCUGAUAAGUCCCGUGAUCAGGUGCGGCAGAAGUUUAAAACCGAGGAGAAAAAGCAUCCAAUGCAAGUCCACGAUGCUAUACUUCAUCGCUCAAGAGAUAAUUUGUAUUUAAAGCAAGUAAUCAAACAGCUCAACAUUGAAGAUCUGCAGAGGGACAUCAACAGUACACAUAAACAAGUGGUUGCAUCAAUUGAAGGAGACACUGGAAAUGAGCAUGCGUUGCAGGAUUUCAUGGAGGAAGAGAAUGAUUCAAAUUGGUCAGCUAAAGAGCUGAGCGCGCGCCAAUCUGAGGUCAGAGAGGUGGAGCAUGUUGCUGGGAAUGCUGAUGAUGGCCUGGAUCUGGAUGUUUUUGAUUGGUACUAGGACGAUAAUCAUGAUGAAAAUCAGGCAAAGACAAUACGGGGUCUCAUUAUUCUGCGAAUGUGCUAAUGACAUGCCCUGUCCCAGUUAUGUUUGCUCACGGGAUUAUCGAGUUACGGAUGCAAAUAGUACAGUUGUUAGGCCGAAUACAAGCUUAUUUUGCUUUUGCCUUUACAACGUACUGAACAGAGCGUCAGGGUAGCGUAGCAACACCAUAUUCGCUCUGUAGUAGCCACAGGAACAGGCUGCCAGCCAUAUUUUGCAGUCUGAAGGUGCUAAAUUUGGAAUCUAUUGGUAGCAUAUCAGCCAUCAAAUAUGUGAGGUUUUGCAGAACA